CAGUCCUACUCGUCUCGCCGCGCCAGUCGUACGACGCGAAGUCGUCAGUUGUUUCACGAGAGUGGAUUAAACCGCGGAUUGUUUUGCGCGUCGCGGAACCGCGUGCGGGUCUCGCGUUUCCUGCCCCGCGUACACGUCCGCCGGUCGCACCGGGAUAUUACCUCGUCGUCGACGACGUCCCUCUGUAAGUUCGACACGAAGCGACUCCGAGCGAGGAGAGGCGAGCACGAAAUAUAUCGCGCGACCGCGAUAUCCGAGCGUAGCCGUUCUCUCUCUCUCCUUCUCUAUCUCGCGUCGACCAUCACGGCCAGCCAGUCGGCCAGCGAUCGUCCACGCCCGUUUUGUUCCGGUUUUGCGAGGCCGCUUUUCGUCGCUUUUCGUCACUCGCGCGAGUGACAAUCGCCGGAAGGAAGGAACGGAGGAGGGAAAGGAGAACGAGAUCCGAGUUCGAGCGAGACGAAGAAGAGGAGAAGGAGGAGGAGAAGAAGAAGAAGAGGGAGCGAGGCGAUGUAACGUCGCGGCUGUGUGUGACGUCACGCACGUCGGGUCGCGCUAAUCGAGUACACACGCGCGCGCGCGCAAAUUCAAACACGGACAGCGCGCGCUUUCCCAUUCCGUCGUCGCGCGUUAUUAUUCUCCUAUCUGUCCCGUGUGUACAAACAUAUAUUCGUGCUCGCUGUCAAAGGAACAGACGGAGAAGAGAAACAACGCGGUGUCUCGAGUGAAGAAGGAGAGCGAAAUAGAAGAUAAAGACACAGAAAUAGGAAAAAAACAAGAGAAAAAAAAAACACAUACACAUAUAUAUGCGCUCUCGCCGAGUCGUCGGUGAAAAGGGGGUGGAGGAGGGGGCGGCGGCGGGAGACGAGACGCGCGGGACGCUCCGUCGCCGCCGUGACGUACUUCUUGACAGUACGCGUACUGUUGUCCGGCAGCAGCGUCCGCGAGGAGGAUAGUCGCCGAAGAGGAUGAGAAGAGCGGCGAGGUCGCCGCCGGAAGCUAAGGGCGACAACAUCGUCAUCGUCGACGGCAAGUUUCCGCGUGUAACGCACGUGCGAGUGUAAAAGGAGACCGGACAACAUAUCCGUCUAUUCGCGUAUCCCGUGGCGCCCCGCUGUGUUUUUCUGCGGAAAGAGAGCGGCUGAAAGAGGAGGAAGAAGAGAGAGAGAAAUUGUCGGAUAUUCCUCUCGCAGCUGUGCGCGCGCGCGUCGUUUUUCGAGGUUAUAGAAGGACUUCUCCGAAGGAAGAAAAAUGGUCGUUAGAGUGCGGGUCCCUCGCGCCGACGACGACGUCAUCGUCGUCGAGUUGUUGUAAUAAUAAUAAUGCCCGACAGCGGCGCGCCGGAUCGCGCUUGGCGCCGCGCGAAAGCAGCGGCCGGGUUUCUUCUACCGCGUUCCGUUUUUAUUCGCCCGUCGUCGGACGGUCCGCUGCUCCGCUGAGAGUCAAGUUCGUCGCGCUCCGUUGUGCGCGCCGCCGCUCUCGAGAACCAGUGUUUCGACCUAACCAUCGCGCUUUCGAUUGUGCGUCGUCCGUCGUCGUGGACUCCAGGAUUCUGCGAGGAUUCGCCCCGAGGAUUAUAUACAGACGAGUUAAAGGAUCAACCUCAGCUUAUCGAGCUCACGACCUACCUGACGUGAUAAACCAUUGAACUUGGUGGACUUGAAAAAAAAAAGGAAACUACGGAAGGAUCAACAGGAAGAUUCUUCUACGUGACGGACCAAGAAACUUUGUCGACUAGAUCCAGAGAAGCUUUCGUCGCGCAGGAAGAGCUUGAAGCUAUAAAAAACGACUCCGCGAAAACUUUUCUAGGAGAGAGAAAGCAUCGAAAAAACGUCGGAAAUAGUCCGAUGAAAGGAAGAGAAUAAUCGAGGGAGGCCAGGCUCUCUUCGGGGAAGAGACACUCCCAUCUCGCUCGUGCUACGGACCCACCCUGACGACGUGUACACGUCUCGAUAGAGAGAUCACGUCCAUCGUCGAUCACGCCAUCGCUCUCUCUUGAGCUGAGGCCGCUCGAAAUUUCUGCCGUGAUCUCGCAGCCGAUUCGUGCAAGGCUACGUUUCUCGUCUCUGCACCUGCCCGUCUGCUGUAUCCUUCGGACUGGAAGAAAGAAAGAGAGAGAAGAGAAAAAAACGAGACGGCGUGGUCGGCAGUGGUACGGGCUAUAUCGAAUGUCGUCGAGCUCGGGAAGAAGACGGUUGAGAACCAUCGGUGGAAGGAUGAUGCAGCUUCCGACUCAUCACCGGAUGUCACCGUUGAGCUCUGUCGGCUAAUCGGCAAUUAAUCGCGAGAACGAUAUCCACUCGUCCGUAUACAACCUCGCAGCUCCGAGGUACUUCUCAAGACACUUUUGGGACACGAGGGUUUGUUUGUGCGCUUACAAAGUAAGGUGCGAACCUCGCUUUUUUUCUCUUAACGUUGGCCUUUUUUUUUUAUUAUAAUUUUUUUAUUUUCAUCGCGACGAGAGGUGUUGAUUUCUGUGAUACGCGUUGACCGCGAGUGAUGGUCAACAAUCUCGUCGCUCAGUGGUGACAUCGACAGUGGUGUUGGUGGUGAAAAGUUCUGUUGGUGCACGAGGGUAGUGGUGUCAACGCUAGAAGAAAACGAGAGAGGGAACAUCUCUCGCGUGCAAGCGUGACUCUCAAUUCAUUACCACGGAUCUCCCUCGGCAAUUCGACGCCGCGCCCACCCUCGAUGAGAGGAGGCACAUGUCCAUUGCUGCCGCUGAAAAUGCAGGGCCUGGCCCAUAUGAAUUGCAAGACCCGUUGUGGGUCAAAAUGAGUACGAUUACCAGCGGCAUUACCAAGAAAAGAAAGAAAUCAGAUGCGAAGCCUCAGUCGCAGAUUAACAAGUGCCUUAAUGAAAAAAGACGACGGAACCAAGAGAACUCAUAUAUUGAUGAGCUUGCCGAGCUGAUUUCCGCCACGGACAUGAGCUCUGGCAAGACUGACAAAUGUCAGAUCCUUCAGAGAACCGUCGAGCAGAUUCGGCACUUUAGGAACCAAGAGAGCUCCAAUAGUCAUGCUAUACAACAGGGGGAAGUGUCCUCGUCGAAUCCUAACAUACUGUCCAACGAUCAACUUGGCCCUUUCUUACUUGAGGCGCUAGACGGCUUUAUACUUCUUGUAAAUACAGAGGGCCGCGUAGAGUACGUUUCGACGAACAUAGCGCAGUACAUAAAUUACACGAAGGACGAUGUACUCAAAAAGGAUAUUUACAAUAUCAUACAUCAUGGGGAUCACCACACCUUUAAUUCUAAUUUGCUACCUAUGUCUUCGUUAAACUGGACCAGCGAGCCGCAAUCUCAGACCAGGAAUCGCGUCUUCAAUUGCCGCUUCUUAGUGAAGCCUCCUGAUGAUAAGGACGAGACUAUGGAAGAGAAGCAACAGCGAAUAUCGAAGUACGAGUCUAUGCAAAUCAAUUCUGUUCUUCUGUCCAAUAAUGCCGAUCGUCUGGAGAGCGAUGUGUCCGAGUCGUCAGACAUUAGUCCUUGCCUGUUGUGCAUAGCGCGUAGAAUACCGUCAAACGAGAAACCCAUUGGUGCCCCCGUUGAGCAAUUCACCGUCAAAUUGGAUACCAAUUGGAAAAUUAUCGGGGCUGAUCUCAGUUGGUUAUCCCCCGUUUACAACUACCUAAGCAAGGACAACUUGAUAGGCAAAUCGAUUGAAGAGUUAUGCCACCGUCAUGAUCUCAAUACGCUCCAGAAGCAUUUGACCGAUACCCUUCAACUCGGCGAAAAUACGAGCGAUGUGUACCGAUUGCGCGUUGGUUCUGAUAAGUUCCUUAAGAUUCAAACAAAGUCAAAAUUUUUCAAAGCAAAUGCGAUGAAUAACGAUAACGAUUUCAUGAUGGCUACUAAUUCCAUCAUCGGGGACAAUGACUUAAUACCUAUCGAGAGUGGUCAACUUUCCAACAACAAGAUGUGCUCAGGACACCCUAGUAACCGUUGUGCGAAUAAUAGUAAUAAUAAUAACGGCAACAAUAACAAUAACGUGGGUGGUCCGCUGAUGCCCGUCGCGCAUCUGAACGGUCAAGUGAGUGGUAUCAGUGCUCGUGGUAUGGCGGUGUCCCAUGUCGCGACGUCGUCGAACUCAAUCGCCUUUAACACGGGAGGUACCACCGGUAGCGGUGGCGGUGCCAGCAGUGGUAACAGUGAUUCGUGUAACCUGACGCUAAGUGCUUCGGGCGGCAAUCCGUUCACCGUCAACCAUUUUUCGGGAAACAUGGACCUGGAAGGUUUCGACAUUUUCCCUAGUACCACAGCUUGGGACAGCUUGGACAGUAGUGCUGGAUGGGUGGAUAGGCCGGAAUCGAGAGCGAGUGGACAACCGAACUCUCGACCGUCUUCCCAACCGGCCCCCACGUCACCGAGUCCGCAGGGAACCUUCUCCAACUCGGCAGCAGUGGCAUCUCACUGUAGUCCUCUACGACCGUUCAGUCCGACCUCGGUUAGCACCGCUCACACCUUCAGUAAUUCGUACUCCUUCAGUCCUCUUCAAGAGACUACGCAGACAUCCACGUUGAAUAGCAAUGUCGCCACCAGCAUCAGCACUAAUGGCGGAAACGUUGGCGGGGUUAGCAGUAACAUCGCUACGACCAUCAAGCGAACGGAAGAGAAUAGCAAGAGCGGAUGUCCUACUAGCAACAGCGCCGGCACCAUGGAUAACGCGACGGCGAGGACAAGCAGCGCCGUCGAGACUCAAAAUAACAGUACGAUAUCCACCGAGUCCGGUAGAUUGCGAAACUUGUUGACCAUGGGUCCGAAUGCCAGCGAAGACAGCCAAGACAAUACGGAUAACGAUUCGAAUAAUUCGAAUAGGCACAGGAUACUGAAGACUCUGUUGAACCAGCAAGACGAAGACGACUAUCAUUCGGAGCAUAAAGUGCGCACGAGUCCUAGCAACAUGCCAAAGCCUAGCAUGGAGCAUAAACCGUCGCUCGGAAACAAUAUGCUACUGCAGUUACUAAACGAAAAGAAUGAUGAUGAGGACGAUACACAAGAUACACGUGGUGGAACGAAGAAAAGAAAUGAAAAAUUGCUUCUGCAAUUGAUGAAAUCAGAUCCAGACGAAGAGAGAAAGCUACCAGACCAACAAUUACAACAGGUACAACAAGUACAACAAGCACAACAGAAUCGAGAAGACGACCCUCUCUUACGAAGUCUUGGCUUUCGGACCACUACACCGUCUCCAUCGCAAUCGAGCGAACACAUAGCUCUCAGCAGCAGCGCAUCUCAGGUGGGCCAGAAGAGACCAGGAGAAGACGGUGAUCUGAACGUAGCUGUGAAACGACCUGUUGACGGAUCGCAUCAAGUAUCUUCUUCAGGAACGAGCAACGCAUCGGGCAGCAAGCUAUGGGAGAAGAAUAAGAUGCUAGCAUCUUUACUAGCAAAACAGCCGCCGCAAACAACGAACGUACCAACGAAGCUGCCCGCGUCUGUGAUAUCAGCAACUCCACAGGACAAAUUGCCCCGUGUAAAACAGCAGCCGCAGCAGCAACAGCAGCAACAACAACAACAACAAUCGCAGCAGCAGCAACCUUGGACAGGUGGCAAUAUGCAAGUUGGUGCUGGUAACGCGAUUACGACGACCGCGUCGGCGCGUCCUCUCCAAAGUCAGUCGAGACAACUACCUCGUCAAUCAACCAAUACCUACCUCAGUCAUAUACUAAGUCAACAGCAACAAAGGCCCCAAAUGGGACUAACUGAUUCUGAAUUUACGAGUAGCGGAGAAUACCGUCAGACUAGCAACGACCCAACCAGUUGGGAUAAUCAGUCAUCGGAUCCGGAUCUUUCGGAAAUUUUGGAUCAAGUGAUAGAUUUUGUCCCGGAACAACCUAGCGCGGAUACGUCUCCGAUAGCGAAUCUCCUCCUAAAUCCUCUUAUCGAAGAUAAGAAUGCAAUGAACGAGAAAAUGGCAAUUAGCGCUAUCCAGAAGUCGUUGAUGUUGUGCGAGACUGCCGUGAAUCCAACGUCUUCCACCACUAUGCCUGGUACUCCCCCAGCCUAUUCCACUGCGUUGGGCACUACACCUGUGACAACUAGUCACAGUUACCAGCCACCUCCAAUGUACCCACAGCCCAGAAUGAGGUUUAAUCAGCAAGGUGUCAGACAACCAGGUCAAUUUACGCAACAACAACAAUUGCAGUUACAACAACGUUCGAAGCUUAUACAGCAACACCAGCAGCACCAGGAGCAAAUGAAGGACCAAAUGCAAUUGAAACAACGAUUAUUGCAACAACAGAAGCAACAGCAGAUGGUUAUUCCAUCAAAUGCCACCGCGACGGAUCAAAUCAACAGCAGUAUUCAUAACAUCGAUAAUCUUCUUAACAAUACCGUUGCACCGCCAAACGUAUCGUUGCAGCGAUCGAGUGUCCCAGAAUCGCAAAUCUCUCCAGGAUAUGGGGGAUCCGUCCAGAUAGCUUCUGGUCAUCGACUCGCUCACUCGUACUCCCAUCCGUCAACGAUACCACAGCACCCUAUUGUGAACAACAACUUUAACAGUGGGCAACAAGUGUCCGCUCCGGCGAGACUCUCGCCACAUUCUCCGGUUGGUAUGCUGCCCUUCCCUCACCCACAGCCACUAUCACCACGGGUGACGCAAGGCAAUUACGGCAACACACCGAGAUUAUUCAACGUGAACCAGGUGAGGCCGCAGCAGCAGGUCAUAGCGCAGCAACAAUUGCAGCAGCAGCAGCAGAGAUCGAUGCCUUCGCCGGGGACACCUGCAACCGCACGGCAAUCGCCGUUUCCUACAGAAGCGUUUCCCCCACCUACGUCCCCCACGGCCAGUCAGUUCACACCGGGUCCUAAUACCGGUGCGCCGAACCCGUCGGCUCAGUAUCGGUUGCAACGAGCCACGUCCACGCCUUCUGCUACAACUCAGUUGCCAGGUGGAAUUGCGUCGCCAAGGCACUACAGCGGUCUAAGUAAAGAACCGCUUCUUUCACCUAGUCAUUCACACACGGCUUGCCCGGCGACACCACACAACAAUCAACACAACGCCACCAAUACACAACAACACUUCUCCAGUCAGCAACACACCCCAUUGCUAUACCAACAACACACCACCAAUACGGCAGACAUGCAGAAUAGUCAGUUCUGUUACGAUCGCUCGUCAGUCCCGCUCUAUCCGUCUGGUGGGGAGGUGCAGGAUCAGGCCAGGUCACUGCCUCCCGGUAAUCCUGUCAAUCACCAAAUGGGUGGUAAUGCCGCUACCUCGGAAUUUGUACGACAAGAAUUGCGGGCGAUUGUUGGUGCGCGAACGCAACAGCAGCAGCAGCAACAGAGAGUACCCAACAACCUACAGAACAAUCUUUCUGGUCAAGUUUCUCAGGACGAUCUUGAAGCACUUGGUCUGACGUUCGAGAUGUCUUCUGCAGGUGAGGCUGUGGUUAGCGAUGGCCCCGCCAAGAGCUGGGCCAUUGGGAGUGCCGGAAGUGCCCCCUCGUCCUCCAGGACUACUAUGGAGGAGGUGGCACGAGGUGAUCCAAAGUCGUCGUUGCUGCAGAAGCUACUGUCCGAGUGACUGCAGGCCACCAUCCCGUCACGCAGUAAAAGAUUAUAUGUAAUAUAUGUUUGAGUGUGUGCAGAGAGAUCGAAACACGGAGAUGUAGGACGUAAAAACAUGAAAGAAGAGAGCGAGAGCAAGAAUGAGAGGGAAAGAAAGAGAGAAUGUUUGUGUGUGUGUGUGAGAGAGAGAGGGUAAAAGAGAAAAAAUUAUGAAAUGCAUAUACAUUCUUAUACGUAAUGGAUACUAUUGUAUUAUAUGUAACGCCAUACACGGAGUCAGUAUUCAUAUACGUAUCACCAAAUACAAUGCAAAACUUAGCGCGGUGCUCUCUAGAAGAAUGUUGCCCGUCGAUCAACAUCGAGAAGAAAAAAAGAAGAGAGACGAGCGAGCGAGCGAGAGAAAGAAAUAAGAAAAAAGGAGAAUAAAUUAUAUAGAGAUAGAGAUGGAUUAUGUAGAUGUUGUAUAAAGAGUGAGAGAUGGAGCAAAAGGAAGGGAGAACAGCUGGACUUUAUCCCUUUCCUUUUGCUUUUCGAAAAAAAAAAAAACUCGAAGGACCAAAAGUUUAGGUUUUCGUUUUGGCUGUGUAAAGAUUUGCUAGAGGAGGUAUACGCUUGUGAUUUUGUCAAGAAUGCUGGCGCGAAAGAAUCGAUUCGCGACGCUUGUUUCUUUUUCUUUCUUUUUGUUUAUUUUUGGAAAAAAAAGAAAGAAUCUUUCUCUCGUCGAACUCUCGUUAUCUCCCCAGUUUUAGAAAACGAACGAAAAGAUAUAUACGCUGCAAAGAUCGCAGGCAUACGGACGAUAAGCCCACAUCCGCAUUUUACCUGUCGAUAGAUUUGUGUAUGUAUGUAUGUAUGCUAUAUUUGUGUAUGUGUGCGUGUGUGCAUGUCACGUUCUCCGUCAGUAUUGUAUUUGGUAUAUAUAUCAACAAGAAGGGCGGAAAAACGAGGAGAGGAAACACUAUAUAUAGGUACCUCAACAAAAAAAAA